AUGCAAUAAAGUCGCUCCAUGUCACAUAAUACUGUACCGAUUCUAUAACUAGCUGUUUUACAUGGUGAAACUGCACCAUGAAUUGCAUCAUACUUCUAACGUCAUUUGUGCCUCGUAGUCACUUAGCAUUGUUUAUAUCGUUCCUAAAAACGUCAGGAGUAUUUAAAUGAUGUAGGUCAUUGGUUAAUCUCUGGUGUCAACUUAACGGGUUUCUAAUUCCUAGAAGUGUUUUCAUUGAACAGGAAACUAAAGCUCACCGUUAGUGUUAAUAUAAACAAUGUGAUGGACAACAAACAUCUUUAGUUUCCUUAUGGUUUUGAAUUCCGUCCAAUGGAUGCUUUAACAUUUAACUCUUCUAACAUGUCUUUUCCUGAGUCUGGGAAGACUCCAGUUACUCAAAUUUUUCCUGUAGAGCAGUCUGCAAUUCAAGCUUGGGAACGUGAACAAGAUAUCCACUUGGCAAAUCCUCAUGUGGAUUUGUUAGAUGCUUGGUCUUCGGAUGGUGGUAGCAUUUCCUCAUCUUCAUCAUGCUGCUCUGACACACAACAUACGGAUAUCGGUGAAGUGACUUCAUCUAUGUCUUGUGAUAAAACAGUGAAAGGGGACCAUGCAGAUUCUUCGACAGACACAUGUGGGUCAGUGCAAUUUAGGAAGCGUCAUCUUCAUUACCUAAAGUCUGCUGGUGUAUACACUAGUGAAGAAGUUAUUGAUCAGGCGAUAGACCGUUGGCGCUCGUAUAAGGAUUUAUGUUGUCAAGCUCUUUCUGUUUUAAGACAACAACUUGUUGAUGCAUAUAUUCCUUAUGCAAUGGAAGAAAACAAAAUUUCUGCAUCUAAACAAGUACCUAAUGAACCAAGACAUUACAACCAAUCAGAAUCCAAUGGUGAUAUACCACCCGACAUAUCGAAACGAGGUCACUUGAGGCAACGUGCUGCUAAAAAUAUACUCCGUCAUUCCGUCAAGACUGCAAAUCAAAGACAUCUAGCUUGUGUAUCUAAAUUUGCUAUAGUCAGUAAUCGUAUAGCCAAAUGGCGUAAAUCUACUGCAAGUCAACAAUGUCGCUUCCGUGAUCCUACGACAACAACUUGGGAGAAACGUUGUACAAACCGAUGUAUCCCAUUAUUACCAGUUUGUUCUCAUCAUUUAGUCCAAAUGCGACCUGCACCAUACUAUGAUGAUUUAAAUUCAUCUGUCGCAUGCGAAAAUUCAAAUGGUCAGGCGAAUUCAGAAGACAACAUCCUGAAUACCACUUCCAAAUCUGAUGAGCCGAUAACUGAUUUCGUCGCAGAUACUACUAGUAAUACAGCUGAUAUUGAACUGACUUCCCCACCUAUCCACUCUAUUCCUACUAGUCGUAGUCGAAAUUCGUCCUGUGGAGAUUUCCCCUCCUCCAGUAUGAAUAAAUCGAUAAAAUUUGAUGAUCACAUUAAAUCUCCAUCUUCCCGCUUGAAUCGGAGCACUAAAGGACAUUUUGAUCAGUCGAGUAUGAGUAAUCCUAAUUCUCCAUCUUUACAGAUUCCAGCACAGUACUUAUUCCGUUGUUGUCAUGGUGGAUCAUCUCAUAAUUGUACAGAACCAGUUAUUGCCUGGAAUCAGUUGACGCGUUGCAUUUACCACUCCACUACAGCAUCAGUUUGUACUGACAAUCUGAAUAUACCUAACAAUGACUUGGAGGCUAUACAACAAACAGAGACAUGUAAAGACAUACAACCUGCUUAAAUGGGAUUCUACAUUGAACAAACAUAAUGAAUAUAUAUAAUAUAUAUAUAAUCCUUUUAUACUGUAAAUAUCAACCUGACUAAAUGAUACUUUUAUUUUAAUCAUGCAUUUAUUUUUACCUACAGAUAUAAUAUACUGAUAUA